AACCACCCGAUUAUUUCUCUCUCCCUCUCUCUCUCUCUCUCUCGCGUCUGGCGACGCACGCCGAGAUCUGAAAAUCCUUUCCUUUCCUUUUUCUUCAACUUUCUACUCAAAGAUUCGUCAUGGAUUUCAUGAAGGUCUUCGAUCAGACGGUCCGAGAAAUAAAGAGGGAGGUGAAUCUGAAGGUUUUGAAGGUUCCAGAGAUGGAACAGAAGGUAUUGGAUGCCACGGACAAUGAACCUUGGGGUCCUCAUGGCUCUGCUUUGGCAGAGAUUGCACAGGCCACUAAAAAAUUUUCGGAAUGUCAGAUGGUAAUGAAUGUCUUAUGGACAAGACUGAGUGAGACGGGAAAAGACUGGCGCCAUGUUUAUAAGGCAUUGGCUGUUAUAGAAUAUUUGGUGUCACAUGGAUCUGAACGUGCUGUUGACGACAUUAUAGAACAUACUUUCCAAAUCUCAUCACUCUCAAGCUUUGAAUAUGUUGAGCCAAGUGGGAAAGAUAAUGGUAUAAAUGUGAGGAAGAAGGCGGAAACCAUAGUGGCCCUUCUGAAUAAUAAAGAUAAAAUACAAGAAGUUAGAAACAAAGCUGCUGCAAAUCGUGACAAGUACUUUGGACUUUCAUCUACUGGGAUAACAUAUAAGUCAGGUUCAGCGACUUCAUCCUCGUAUGGUAAUAGCAGCUAUCAGAGUAGCGACCGAUAUGGAGGUCUAGGUGGUACAGGAACUGGUGAUAGUUUCAGGGAUAGCUACAAAGACAGACAUGAAGAAGAUAAGACUGAGAAGUUCAGCACUGGCAGAUCACGCCGUGGAGUUACAAGUGAGAACCGAGAGAGCUCUUCAAAGAAGGGCUCAACAAGAAGCAGGAAGGGUCAGGAUGAUAUAUCAUCUACUGUGUCAAAGUCAUCAAACAAAUCAAAUGAAGCUGAUGCAUACAGUUCAAUUCAUUCUCAAAGCGCAAGUAUUCCUGAUGAUGAUGAUGAUGAUUUUGAUCCACGAGGGACUUCUACUACUAAGGCUGCUGUUGGAAGCUCAAACCAAGUGGAUCUGUUUGGACAAAAUUUGAUGGAUGACUUCAUAGAUGCUCCAGCAUCUGUUUCUGAAGAAAAGCCUGGUGUGAACAGCAGUUCAGCGGAUGUUGAUCUGUUUGCAGAUGCAGAUUUUGUGUCAGCACCACCCCAGGCAGCAACUGGAGUAUUUGCAGACUCGACCUUCGUAUCAGCACCACCCAAGGCAGCAACUGGAGUGAGUUCUCAGAAUGGCGUUGAUCUAUUUGCUUCUCAACCAGUCAUUUCUCCACCGGCCUCUUCAACCGUUGAUCUUUUUGCCACCCCUGAUCCAGUUAUCCAGCCAGAAACCAAGUCUACAAAUGCUGCACCAACAAACACCAACAUUGUUGAUCCCUUUGCCACUGUUCCUCUUAACAAUUUUGAUGGAUCUGAUAUAAUGGGGGCAUUCGCCUCACAUUCUGAUUCAGCAGCUUCAGAACCCUCCCAAAGUUCUGUCAAUGAUGGCAGCCACGAUAAUUUGGGGAAACAAUCUUUAGCAGAUUCGAAGACUCCACCCAAGAAGGAUUUCCAAGUGAAAUCUGGCAUUUGGGCCGAUUCACUUAGCCGUGGACUGAUUGAUCUAAAUAUAUCUGCUCCCAAGAAGGUGAAUCUGGCGGAUGUGGGGAUCGUGGGUGGCUUAACCGAUGGAACAGACGAAAGGGAGAAAGGGCCCCCAACAUCGUACUACAUGGGAAGAGCAAUGGGUUCGGGGACAGGUCUUGGGAAAUCAGGGUUCCCCUCUUCGCAAGGAAUAGGUGACGACCUCUUCUCAAGUCUCAGCGGCGGCAACCAGCAAUACCAGUACGGUGGAUUCCAAAAGUAAUUUUGUUAUUUUCCACCAUUUUUCGUGUCUGCAUAUUCUUUAAAUCCUGCUCGGCCAAAAUAUUGGAAGUCGUGUGUUUUGGUGUGCUUGUUUUGUUCGUAAUCAUCAGUGGGAAUAUUGAGGAAUGCAUUGAUCCUGAGUCGAGAUGGUUUCGACGCUUUUUAAUAUAAAUUCCGGUAGAUGCUCGCCCUUGAUCUCGAGCCUA